AUGAUGCUUCCAACUCCCAAACUCAACCAGCUAUUCGUCACCAUCUCCCCCAUCCCAGGCGGCCAAAUCACCCUCCCAGAACAAUACUUCGUCCACCCGGCCGACAAGACCGCCCGGCACACCGUCCCCUCUCUAUCCUUCCUCAUCACCCACCCGGGCUCCACUAACUCUCCCCCCCGACGAGUCUUAUUCGACCUCGGUCUCCGGUCCUCUCUAACCUCCUACUCAGAACCCCAGCAACACCACCUCCUGAACAGAAAACCCUACACCCUUGGUCCAGGCGUCGCCUCACUCCUGCGAUCCGGCGGCAUCGACCCCGCCGAUAUAGAUACCAUAAUCCUAAGCCACGUGCACUACGACCACCACGGCGAUCCGUCGCAUUUUCCUGGGGCGCAUGGAGCGAGUCAUCAGCAUUUCUCUGCGGACCUCUUGCCGUCUGUUCGGACUCUAGAGUUACCUCCCAUCGGUGAAUCCACAGCCGAGUAUCAGUGGGAAUCCCUCGGUCCAUUCGACUCGAUUGAUAUCUUCGGUGAUGGGUCGAUCUUCGUGCUCAAUUCCCCGGGCCAUCUGCCCGGACACAUCAACCUGCUGUGUCGCUUGUCGGCGGAGAGAUGGGUGUGUCUUUGUGGCGACGCGUAUCAUGACCGAAGACUGUUGACGGGCGAGAGGAGUAUUGCGUUUUGGACAGGGAGGGGGGGUGCAGUGUGUUGUAUCCACCAGGAUCCGGAUGCUGCGAGAAAGGCGCUGGGACAACUGAGGGAGCUUGGGAGGAUGGGAAAUGUGGAGAUGAUUGGUGCUCAUGAUAAGGGCUGGUUGGAGGAGAACAAGGCGAGGAUCUGGCCUGGUUGUUUAUAA